CAUCGUCAACAACAACAUCAAAACGACCGCAAGGGAAAGCGAAAUAAUUCGUCGAACCCCUACGCACCUGUUUCAGGGAUUCCGCCCAGCGCUCUACUUUCUGGGGGUAGAUAGAACACUGCCGCAGACACUUGGCUGUCGAGCUUUAGUCUGUCCUGCUUGGCGCCAUAUUCUCUUGAACACGAUCACACACACACCAUGGUCACGAGCACUCACCAGCACCAGGGGGCCGAGAUGCCGCCGUCUACGGCGCCAACGCAGCAAUCCUACAACCGCCAGGGCUCACGAGGGAUCGUCCGCCUAAACGUGGGGGGCAAGAAGUUUCUGACGUCGCGGUCCACCAUCAUGCAGGCCGGCAACUGCAUGCUGGCCUCCAUGUUCAGAGGAAAGUUCAAUAUGGAGACCGACGAGGAAGGGUUCGCCUUCAUCGACCGGGACGGAGAGAGGUUUCGGCACGUGCUCAACUUCCUCCGUUGCUCGAGCCUCCCUUCCUUCGAUGAAGCGUGGCGGUACGAGGAAAUCAUGGAGGAGGCAGACUUCUACGCGAUCGAGGAACUCAGGGAGCUUUGCGAGAGACAACUCGAGGCCCUCGAAGAAGCGAAGCGAAAGGAAAAGGCCAAGUCGUUCGCGUGUAGGGUCACGAUAGUGGAGGGAGCGGCGGACGGCACUGCCGGCCAAGGGAAUGGCGGCGGCGGCGGCGUUGGCACCGCCAGGGAGCGCUACGGAACCGGUUACUUUACCCUCGACGAGGACUUCUGAUUUUUUUUUUUUUUUUUGGCCCCAUCAAGAGAGACGUCCUCCGAUUGGUCGAGGUGUUGUGGUUUGUAUUCGUGGUUGAUGUUUUCGUGGCGUUUGUUCGUUUUUCCUGUUCGAGCGUGUGAGUUAUCUGAUUGGUUGGUUGAUGUGAAAAGGGGUACCUACGCGUUGCUUACGGAGUGUCAAUGCACUCUGUACCGUACACGGCCAGCGAAAGAAGUGCA